CACGCCACGCCUGUCGCGCUCGCACGCCGGCGCACCUGCUCUCCUGCGGUCCUGCUUCCGCAGCCAAUCCCACAACCCAGCGCGCAGGUCGCGGUCUCCCCUGUCGUCUCCAGAAAUCUUCCACUCUAGCCCGAGCCCGAGCCCGAGCGCUCCCCAUCACCUCCUCCCCUCGUCAAACCCCAGACCCCAGCCAGCCAUGGGUAACCGCGCCUCGCGCCACCAUCGCCACGCCACCGACCAGCAGCCGGCCCCGCCGACCCAGCCCAAUCCCCAGACUCCUCCGCCGCCGCCGCAGCAGCAGCAGCCGAAGCCGAAGCCCCAGCCGACUCCGGCGCUGGCGGCAGACGCUGGGGCGGUGGGGCGCGUACUGGGGCGGCCGAUGGAGGACGUGCGCGCGACCUACACCUUCGGCCGCGAGCUCGGCCGGGGCCAGUUCGGGGUCACCUACCUCGUCACGCACCGGGAGACAGGGCAGCGCUUCGCCUGCAAGUCCAUCGCCACGCGGAAGCUCGUCCACCGUGACGACAUCGAGGACGUGCGCCGCGAGGUGCAGAUCAUGCACCACCUCACGGGCCACCGCAACAUUGUCGAGCUCCGCGGCGCCUACGAGGACAGGCACUCGGUCAACCUCGUCAUGGAGCUCUGCGAGGGCGGGGAGCUCUUCGACCGCAUCAUCGCGAAGGGCCACUACACCGAGCGAGCCGCAGCCGCGCUCUGCCGCGAGAUCGUCGCCGUCGUGCACAGCUGCCACUCCAUGGGGGUAUUCCACCGGGAUCUCAAGCCUGAGAACUUUUUGUUCCUCAACAACAAGGAGGACUCGCCGCUCAAGGCCACUGACUUCGGCCUCUCCGUCUUCUUGAAGCACGGCGAGAUGUUUAAGGAUCUUGUGGGAAGUGCGUACUAUGUUGCUCCUGAGGUGCUGAAACGGCACUAUGGGGCAGAGGCUGAUAUAUGGAGUGCUGGGGUUAUUCUUUACAUCCUUCUGUCUGGUGUUCCUCCUUUUUGGGCAGAGAACGAGGAUGGUAUAUUUGAUGCCGUCUUGCGCGGUCACAUUGAUUUCUCUUCUGAUCCUUGGUCUUCAAUAUCUAAUGGUGCAAAGGAUUUGGUCAAGAAGAUGCUGCGGCAAGACCCAAAAGAGCGCCUGACUGCUGCUGAAAUUUUGAAUCAUCCAUGGAUUAAAGAAGAUGGAGAGGCACCAGAUAAGCCACUUGACAUUACGGUCAUCAGUAGAAUGAAACAGUUCAGGGCAAUGAACAAACUUAAGAAAGUUGCAUUGAAGGUUGUUGCUGAGAACUUAUCAGAUGAAGAGAUUAUGGGCUUAAAAGAAAUGUUCAGAUCCCUGGAUACAGAUAACAGUGGGACAAUUACUCUUGAAGAGCUAAGAUCUGGUUUACCAAAACUUGGCACUAUAAUUUCUGAAUCAGAAAUUAGACAGUUGAUGGAGGCGGCUGAUGUUGAUGGAAAUGGGACCAUUGAUUACGCGGAGUUCAUAUCAGCUACGAUGCACUUGAAUAGAUUGGAGAAGGAAGACCACAUACUCAAAGCAUUUGAAUAUUUUGAUAAGGACCACAGCGGAUACAUAACAGUAGAUGAGUUGGAAGAAGCUCUGAGAAAGUAUGAUAUGGGAGAUGAUAAAACAAUUAAAGAAAUCAUUGCUGAAGUAGAUACAGAUCAUGAUGGAAGAAUUAACUACCAGGAGUUUGUUGCCAUGAUGAGGAGCAACAGCCCUGAGAUUGUUCCGAAUCGGAGGCGCAUGUUCUGACUGUUGUGUACAAUUUCAAUGAAUACUGCUUAGACAUCUUCCCCUGGUCCCGUUAUCAUUUGGGAACAGCCAUUAAGAAGACCGAUCAUUUGAGAUCCAUAUAUCUGCUGCCCGGACCAGUUUUUACCGAAAUGGGGUGCAUGAUAUAGCGAUUCAUACCUAGAUGCUUUUAAUCAACAUCAUGGACUCUGGGUGGCAGUGUUUCUUCCCAUUGUAUACCUUGAGGGUGUUCUGAUGCUGCGAUCCGUAUCUUUCGCCAUCCUCCAUUUUAACUUGUAUCCUCGAUGGGAUGAUCAGCUCAACUGCUCCACCGAGCGUGUUAUGACUCGUGAUCAUGUGCUUUCAUCCUCUCAAUCGUGGUUUUUAGCGAUCAGAUCAGACAAGGUUAUAUUAUUCUGAAUAAACAUAGCACAAACGUGGUUCUAAAUUUGUCC